AUGGUGUGUCAAAGUUGUUUUAUAUAAUGUUUUAGGCCACUGACAUUGAAAUGAAGGAUGAGUCAAAGGACGAAACGCUGAAAAUAAAGAAGGCAGAAACCCCAAAAAUCUCAAAGGUUACUGUCCACCCACUUGUUCUUUUGGGCGUUGUUGACCACUACAAUCGCAUGGGAAAGGUUAGUGGCGGCCAGAAGCGGGUUGUUGGUGUGCUUCUCGGUGCUCUUAAAGGGACUAAUCUGGACGUGAGCAACUGCUUCGCUGGUAGCUUUGUCAUUUGAAAUGAAUUCGUAGUCCCCUUCGAGGAAGAUCCAACUGAUUCAAGCGUGUGGUUUCUCGACCAUGACUACCUCGAAAAUAUGUUCGCAAUGUUUAAGAAAGUUAAUGGUUUGUCCUUGUUUCAAAUUAAACAGAAAAUUAGCCCGCGAGCGGAUCGUCGGGUGGUAUCACUCCGGACCGAAGCUGUGUGCAAAUGAUAUCAAGAUCAACGAACUUUUCCGCAAAUAUACUCAAAAUUCCGUCCUAGUUGUCGUGGAUGUAAGAACAAAGGAAAGCGACGGACUCCCAACUGAAGCCUAUAUUGCUGUCGAGGAAGUUCACAAUGUAAGCUAGAUCUGUCAAACGACUCCCUCGAGUGGCAGCGUUGCCAAUAUUAUUUUCUGUUCCUCCUUUCUGGGAAAUUUUUUCAUACCGUAGUGACAGUAAAUGAUCCCUGUUAAUCGCAGUCAAUACCUAUGCCUCGAGCAUUUGCAAAUUGUUUAGUCACGUUAACCCUGGCUUAUUCUAAGAAGUUAGAGUUUGUUAGCUUUUUGCGCACUCAUUGAUGUAACAGACUAAGCGUUACUCGCUGUUAUCCGGUCAUCACAAUUUCCUUCUAAGACCGGCUGAACAUAGCCGGCUCAUAACUGUAAGUAAUCAGUGGUGUCUAACCCACACGUCCCCUCUGCUGCUCAGCACAGCUGCUCUCGCAGUUUGUAUACCUAGUACAUCGCUGUUACUUAGGUGACUGGGUCACUGCUUCUGUGAGUCAGUGACUAUGGGUACUCAACGAGCUACUUACUGUCUUCUGAAAUUUCCUUUUGGAGUUGGUUGUUUAUGGUGUUCUUCCUUUCUGCUAUUCAAGUACCUUUGCUUUCAACGUUCACCAAAUCAUUUACGGGACCAGCUUAUCACGCUACCACUUCCCCUAUUAUCGGCUGUUUUUCACGACAAUACGUCCGCCUUAGCGCCUCCAAGUUCAUCUAAGAGUAACAGGACGCCAUAGAACUUCGACCUCGCCCUCUCAUUGUCUUAUCAGCGGCUAACCAAUGUACUACUACCUGUACUUGGUACGGCUGCGAUCAUACCUGAUCUAGCCGUCACACAGUGUAGUACACACACCAGCUGGACACGUCUGUCCAUGCCACCCGAUUCGCCUGCCAUUUUCACCUAGCCACCGAAGAUCGAUGUUAUAUCCAACUAACGGCAUAUUUUACCUUGGACGACUUUUUGUCUUCUUUUUCUGUUUCAUCCAGGACGGCUCUCCGACAACUAAAACAUUCGACCACCUCCUGUCCGAAAUUGGUGCUGAAGAGGCGGAAGAAGUAGGCGUGGAGCAUUUACUAAGGUAGUGUUAUACUCUUGCUUUGCGCAAGACUUUCAAGGCACUCGUAACGCAUGCUUUUGUGCUGUAAAUGUUAGGGACAUCAAGGACUCUUCUCUGGGCACGCUGUCUCAGCGGAUCGGCUCAAAGCUAAGCGGCCUGGACGGCAUGAUGCAUCAACUAUCUGAGAUCCAAACCUACCUAGAACUUGUGGCCACUAAGCGUAUUCCAGUCAACCAUGCAGUCAUCUACUCGCUGCAAGAUAUCUUUAACUUGCUUCCAGAUCUGCGACUACACGAUACUGUGCGCGCGCUCAACAUGACGUCCAAUGAUCAGAUGCUUGUCGUCUAUGUCGCCUGUAUCAUGCGUGCCAUCUUGGCGCUACAUGACUUGAUUAACAACAAAUUAGCCAACAGGGAGUCAGAGCGUAGUGAAGACCUUUCCUCUGAUAAAUCGAAGAAGGCGGCCGCUCCAGCCGGAGAUCAAGCAGCGAAACCGGUCGCCGACACGUCGGAAAAACCUACAGACAAAACAGCACAGUAG